CGUAUAUUUGCGUUGUUGCUGCUGUACAUUCACCAGUAAUAUGUAAGGUAGAAGAAUGAUGUCCUGCGUACAAGCAGUUCGAGCUUUCAAAAAGUUUGUUCCUCUAUUUGAUCGUGUCCUUGUUGAGCGGCUUGCUGCAGAAACUGUAACUAAAGGGGGAAUCAUGCUUCCUGAAAAAUCACAAGGAAAGGUGCUGCAAGCAACUGUAGUUGCUGUUGGAGAUGGUUCCAGAGGAAAGACGGGAGAUAUUCAGCCUGUGAGUGUAAAAGUUGGUGAGAAAAUCCUUUUACCUGAAUAUGGAGGUACGAAGGUUGUACUGGAUGACAAGGAGUACUUCUUAUUCAGAGAUGGAGACAUUCUAGGAAAAUAUAUAGAUUAGACUGUUGUUUGUUACUUUUCAAGUAUGUUCAUUCCAAUAAAAACUUGCUUUGUGUAAAUAACCUUUUUGUUAUAAUAAAUGGUAAUGUACAAAUA